AUGAGAGAAAAGGGAAAAGUAAAAUUAACAGUUAAUAAUAAUGUUGACUUUGAGGAUAAUCAUAAUCGUGCUUUUUUAAGCAAGAACUUAAAUAAUGCUUCUUCAGGAGAGGAAUUGAAUAAUAUUUCUUCUAUAUCAAAUGCUGAGUCUGAAAUUGAUGAACAUUAUGCUCAUGAUAAUGAUUAUAGUCUUAUUAUGAAAUGCCUUACAAUAUUGAAAGCUGAAAAUGUACGCCUUCAAUUUCUUCUGGAUCAAGGAACCUUUAAGAUGAAUAACCAACAAGCUAAUAAUGCAAAACUUAACAAAAGAAAGCCUAAGAUAUUAGAUGAAAGUGAUGAUGAUACUUCAAGUAAUGAUUCAAAGAUACUUGAACAAAAUGAAAGAUCUAAACGCGUUAGAACUAUUAUCGAUAACCGUGAACAGACUCAUCGAAUAACACGAAAUGGCAAAAGAAAUAUGGUUAAUGAAAAUGAAGAACCAUCAUUAAUUGUUGAUAAAUCAUUUUCAGAUACAAUUUCUUCAAAUUUGACUAUUCAACCACAAACCUCAAUUGGUUCAAGAAGUUCAAGAGGUCAG